AUGGUUCAAGUUGAUAACAUUGAAGAUCAAAGAGACGAAAAAUUAAUUCGGAUUGGAAACAAAUACCAAGCAGAAAUUCCAUCUUUCAUAUUGAAAUUCGACUGCAAUUAUUCUCCAGAGAGUCCAGAUGAUACUACAAAGACACCUACCUUCAACAAAUGUUCAAAUGAUACUUGGACUAAACCAGAAGUAGACAGUUUAAUGCUUGGAUUGUUUAUAUUUGGCAAAAACUUUUCUCAACUGAAAAGAUUCAUUGGUAGCAAGACCAUAGGUGAAGUACAAUUUUUCUACUAUGCAAAAUUCUACAAGUCAGAGAAUCAUAUAAGGUGGCAUGCAUAUAAGAAAGCAAUAAAAGAUAAUGAAGGUAAGGGAAAACUUAUGUCAGAACCAACACAUCAUCAACAAAUUUUGCGUCAUUUACUCAACAAUGAGUCCGAGGAAUGGUGCAAUAAAAUAUUCGAGGUGUGUAAGAAUUUUUGGGGAGGAAAAUUGCCGCUCGAAGACUACGUUUUUGCUUUGAAGGAUGUAGUUGGAGUUGAAGCUUUUGUCGAUGCAGUAGGAAUUGGUACACAAAAUGAUCCUACAAAUCUUGAAGGAAAUGCUAUGAAGUCUAUCUAUGAAAUUCUUGAAGAAAAAGAUUUCUCCAAGAUUACAUCAUAUAUAGAAAUAGUACACAUCCUUUCAGGUGAUUUUAGAAUAAGCAAGACGCAAGCAAGCGACAUUUUCUGGGAGUCUGUUUGGCCUCGUUUACUAGCAAACGGUUGGCAUUCAGAGCAACCUAGUAGUCUUCUUUCUAAUAAGAGUGCUAUAAUUUUCAUUGUCCCUGGAAUUGAAGAAUAUUCGAGGAAACUCGUGAAGGGUGUUGAUUAUUUUGAUUCUAUCAAAGAACUCCUCGAUGAAGUUGCUGCAUACCCUCUACUAAUCAAAGAUCCUGCUUCGAAAAAUGAUUCUGAUAGAAAAGACUCUAAAGGGAAGCAGAUAAAGGAAUCCGAUUACGUUGCUGUAAGGUACUUGGAUAAGGGGAGCACUAGUGGAGCAUCUGCCAACUUUGAAAAAACUCCUUCAGUAGAAACUACUAUUGAUCUUAACUUAGCAGUGACCUUUGAAAAAGUUGAUGGUGAUGAAACUAUGGUGAAUGAAGUUCCUGCUGAGGUCAAAUUUGAUGACUCUAAUGCUGUUACAGUUCCAACAUCAGAGGGUCACAUCGGGAAUCAAGCUGUAGAAACUCCGAGGAAGAGUAGAAGACCUUCAAAACCAACAAAGAGAGCAUUGGAAGCUGUUGUCGAUAAGUAUGAAGAGGAUACGAGACUUAACACUUGGAAAAUAGGCAACCAAGAUCCUAUCUUCAAGCAAUACAGCUUGCCAAAGGGUGAGGUUGGUUACCCCAGUGGAAUUUUUAACCCUUUGAACUUUGCACCAACUUUGGAGGCUAAAGAGAAGGAAAUUUCUAACGGUAGAUUGGCAAUGUUGGCAUUCUUGGGAUUUAUCAGUCAGCACAAUGUCACAGGAAAAGGACGAUUUGAUAACCUCUUGGAGCACCUUUCAGACCCAUGGCACAACACCAUUGUUCAAACACUGAGUGGCGGCAACUAA